CGAAGUAUUAGAACGCAGCCCACGGCCUUCCUCAACUCAUUCUCAACAAGUUCUACGUCUUCCUCUCGCACUCGUAGACCAGCCGAUCGAACUUUUGGCCAGAAGCAACUUGUCAACCUACUCUUCCACCAGCUCCCCGGGGACUAUCUUCGCGAACGCGGCCGCUUGUGAGCUGCCUGUUCUGAUAGCGCUACUAGUAGUUGUUGUUGCAGUUGUAGUAGUAGCCGGCGCUUCCUCCGAGGGGUCCCCGCAGCGAAGAUGAAGCCGACGGGCAAGAUCCUCGCGAUGCUGAUCGCGCCGGACAGCAACGUCGCGCCGGCCUUCUCGCAGCACCAGUCCGUGUCCGUCUCCACGCGCCGGGGCUCGUUCGGCCAGCGUCGCAGCACGUCGUCCAUGAUCGCAUGCCCGCAGCCGCUGCACUACUCCGACCCCUUUGCGUCGUCGCACGCCCUUUCCAGCAACGUCGCAUGCACCGUCAGCGGCUCCGUCGCCAACUCCGCGAUCCCGUCGCACGCGACGCACCCCUUCGCCACCCAUCAUUCGCACGCCGCAGCGGCGACGACUUUCCCGGAUUUCGCCGCGUAUGGUAACACGGUGGCGACGGCGGGAUUCUGCGGUCACUCGCGCCGCUCCUCCUUCUCCUCCACCAGGCGACUCUCCUUCACCGGCGCCGCCGCCGCCGCCGCCGCACCGCCAACCGUUACCGAAUCGCUCUCUCAAGAGCUCCCAGAGCACACCGUCUUCGAGCCGGUUUCUCCGCCGCCUUCCGCGGCGCCGACUCCGCUUCCCGAGUCGACAGUCCAGGCUCUCACCGCCCCCGCGUCCGACUCCGCGGCGGAGUCUUCCGCUGACGCCGCGCGCAAGCCCGCAUGCGGCGGAGCGGCGGAUGCGCGCAAGCGCGCGAUGGACGCGGUGGUCCGCGCGGGGUACUGGGAGACCGAAUUUCUCGACCGCUUGAUGUUCCUCGAGGCAGAUCCCACCUUCACCCAGCUCCCCGCCGACCAGCUCCACCAGAUGAACCUGUCCCAGGAGCUGCCUGCCCCGCUGGAGCUGCUCGCGCUGGGGCUCGGCGCGGAGGUGGUAUCUGAGGAGGAGGUUCGGAAGGACCUGCACGCGGCGCGCAUGCGCGUGGUUGACGCGCUCAUGGAAGCGCAGCACCUGGACCGCGUCGCGCAGAGGUACAGCUACAACGCGGACGACGCCGCCGCCGCGGGGGAUGCCGCGGGAGCCGCCGCGGGUGCCGCCGCGAGCUGCGGGGUGCCUGGCUUCAGGGCAACUGGCGCUACUAAUACUACUAGUAGGUCUAAGGCGUCUGUGCCGCGUGUUGCGGCUGCAGGGACUGACUCGACGAGCUCUGUGCGUAGAAAGGUGCCCAAGGGCAAGAAGGCCGACCCCAAGGGGGGUAAGAAGGCUGCUGCUGCAGCUGCAGCGGAAUCCAAGGGGAAAGUUCCCCACGAUGGUUCCGAGAAGGGCGGAGAGCUGAAGGCUGCUCUGAAGAAGUCGCCGGCUCUGAAGCAGUGGCUCAAAUUUGCCGCCACCAUUUAAGAGUGGGGAUUCAUAACCUAACUUAGGUGGUACGUGCGUGUGCGUGUGCGUGUGUGUGGGUGUGUGUGAGUGUGAGUGUGCUUGGAGUGUGUAUGUGUGUGUUCAAAACAUAGAACUCGUUAAUUGUAGUCUUUCAUAUCAUAC